AUGGCAGGAGAAAACGUCGCUCUGCAACCGCCAGUCAGUUCAACAUCUCCCACAAUGUCUUCCUCUUAUCCCAACGGAGUGAAUAACGGGAAUGCCUCUAAAUCACAGCAGCCUCUUCCACCUCCACCAAAGACUGAUAAGCCCAGACCGCACGUGUGUGCGACUUGCACACGCUCGUUUGCCCGUUUGGAACAUCUGAAGCGUCAUGAGCGUUCUCACACAAAGGAGAAGCCAUUCGAAUGCCCGGAAUGCACCCGAUGCUUCGCUCGUAGAGACCUUCUUCUCCGCCACCAACAGAAGCUACACAUGACAACAACUCCCAGCAGUCGCCCAAGAGCUGGUGGUCGAAGAGAGAGCACUAGUUCUGUUGCGUCCACAACUGGUAGGGUUCGAAAGAAUUCAAUCUCCACAGCAACUGUUCCGGCCAGUGCUGGUGAUGGCGGUGCAUCAACAAUGAGAGCUAGGCCAAGGGCGAAUACCAUUGCUCAUGUGGAUUCUUCGACUUUGGGAAUGAUUGCCGCUGCAAACGCGAAUGUUAACCGCGGAAGAAAUGGUGUAGCCGCUCAGGCCAAUAUGGGAGGUAUCGGUUUUGGUUCCCACAAUCAUGAGGAAACCAGGUAUGUCUUUCCAAAGAUGAAUCCCCGGACAUGGGGUGCCUGGGCUCAUGAGGGACCUAGGCACGCGAUCCCCAAGAUCGAUACUUCAAUCAACUCAUUGGACUUGGGUGGAAUGAUGCCCCGUUCUGCCACAAUCCUGCCCUCUGAAUUCGACCUUGAAGGACUAUUUUUCAGCCACCAAACUGUUAACCCAGCAGCCCUGCACUUCAAUAUGUCUCCUCUUCAGCAGCCUAUCGGAACUCCAACUUCGCCCUUCGGGUCCGAUUUCCCUAGCAUAAAUUCAUCGUCCUAUUAUUCUAUUGACGACGAGGAUGAUUACGAAUGGAUGAAUGUUUUGGGUGGGGGUAGUCUUCUGAACGAACCCGUUGAUCAGUCAUCUCCGAGCGCUUUUAGCACCACUUCCGCGAGUGGGAUAAGCGAGUUGAUGCUCAACGACGCUGUGUGGGGGUCUGGCGCAAUUGGAAUGAACUCUACGGGCAGCUCGAUGAACUAUUCCCCAUCGACUGAUUUUACGACUCCGAAUUUCAAUGAUACCCCACCGCCUGGUACCGUUUCUCCAAAAAGCUUGCUAGCCCAACAGAUCUCUAACGAAAACUAUUAUUCUACUCCAGAUCCGCUUUCCAUCUCCCCAUCAGGGAUGGCAGCUGGCUUCUCUUCUCAUUACAAUCAGUUUCCGAACCAAGAAGCCCCGCCAGCUGGCCCGAAUUCGAUGAGCUCUUGUGGAUCAUCCCUAAUCUCGCUUGCAGCUGAAUCCGUUACCGAAGCUACCCGUGCGGCAUUGUUGACCACCUUGACGCAGCAGCCGGGAUUCAACACCCAAGCAAACCAACAAAAUUAUCAGAAUUCUCGUAACCAACAACAACGUAGGUACUCCACAUCUGCACAAUCGUCCCCAGUAACCGCUGGAUUCACCGCAUCGGUAAAGCAAGCGUCUGCGGCCAGUUUACCCAGCACCAAGGAGCUUCAGCGUUAUGUUUCCGCCUAUAUCAAGUACUUCCACCCGCACUUACCAUUCCUGCACAUCCCUACCUUGAAUUUCAAUUCUUCUACCUUUACAAGCAGCUACAAGGGUGGGCAACGCAACGGUGGUAUGACUGGUGGCGGUGGGUGUCUCGUUUUGUCCAUAGCCGCAAUCGGAGCCCUUUACGAAUUCGAGCCGAUAAUUGCACGUGAGCUCUUUGAAGCAGCGAAACGCAGCAUUCAAUUGUUCCUGGAGGACCGACGAAAGGCCGAUGUCAGUGCUGCAAUUAGUGGGAUGCAUGGGUCGGGCUCAAAUGGAGGUGACUCGAGCAGCAAUACCCCCGUUUGGCUUGUUCAGGCAAUGCUUCUUAACGUUAUCUAUGGGUUGCAAUGCGGUGACAGAGCAGCUUGUGAAAUUGCUGUUACCCACUGCGGGGCAUUGGUUUCUUUGGCAAGGUCCGCAGGUUUGACGCGCCCGACAGCUAUUCCUGCCAUGAAUUCUGUUAAGCAAGAAGAUGGCGAUAUUCAAAUGGGGGAUUUGGAUCUGGGGUCAUUUGAUGGAAGUGUGGGCAGUGACGGAUGGGGAGGACUUGGGAUCAAAAUGGAGGCUGAUGAAAAUGUUGAAUGGACGAGCUGGAUCAUGGCCGAGGAAAGGAAGAGGACCCUGUAUGCGGUGCACUUUCUCUCUAGCUUGCUUGUUGCUGCACACAACUUGUCCCCGACACUUAUGAACAACGAGAUCCGCCUCGACUUGCCUUGCAACGAGGAGUUGUGGUCUUCGCACGAUGCUGCUGAAUGGCAGCAAAGAGGCGGCCUCGUUGCUGCCUCCAAGAGCUCGGUUAGUUUCGCGAAUGCGCUUAAUGGACUUUUGUCCACAGGCCAACAGCAAUACGGCCCCCCGGGUAAAUUCCAGAACUUCACCAACGGCCAGCAAGGAGGAAUCCCCCCCUACCCGCCUUCUGGGAUCAUUCCCAGUACAUUUGGGUGUCUGGUCCUCAUAUGUGCUCUUCAUGUAUACAUUUGGGAGACACGCCAAAGGCACCACGCCCGUCACUGGACUUCGGCUGAAGCAGAAGCGAUGCACGCGCACAUUGAGCCUGCCCUGAAAGCAUGGCAAGCAGCGUGGUACAGUAGCCCGCACCACAGCAUCGAGCGUCCAAAUCCAUACUCAAUGGGCCCUCUAUCAGCCGACUGCAUUCCUCUCCUCGAUCUUGCGUACAUUCGUCUCUUUGUAGAUCUGGGAAGAGCAAAGGAGUUCUUUUGGGCAAGGGAUUACGACGCCAUGGCAGAGGAGAUUGCUCGCGGAUGGGACAAUGGCCAGAUUACAUCUUCCAGUGCAUCCUCAACCUCAGCGCAGUCUGAUGCAUCGUUUUCUGGUGCGAUGUCGCCCGCUUCCUCUCCUGCCUCUACUUCACCCUCUCCGAGUCUUCGGCCAAUCAAGAUGGAGCCUGGAACAUCGUUCACAAACAAUGGCAUGUCCGUUAGUCCCAAUGGAGCUUGUUCGAAACGUGAGAAACAUCUUAGAAAAGCUGCUUUCUACGCCGCGGACUCACUAGCGAUGUCGGAUACCCUUGGCGCCUCAACUUCAUCUUCUUCUACUACCGCCUGCCGCGAACUCCCCAUUCAGUCUGCACUUUGCACAUUUGAUUGUGCGCAAGUCCUUGCUGAGUGGAUUGCCACUGUCCAGGAACGCGUUGCACCAUUUGUUGGAACCCUUGGCUGCGGCGAUAAGUUCGAAUUAGGAGGAAUUGAGGGGCUAAUGAUUCUCGAAGCUGAGGACCGUAAGCUACUCGGAAAGGUUAUGGAAAUGCUGAGAAACGCGCAAGCGAAGAUGGCUAUGGAUGCUUAUGCUACCGCCAACGGGAGCGGGAUCAUCAACGCAGACAUUGGUUUGGGUCCCAAGGUGUUGAGAGUUAGUGCGUAUCUUCUGGAUAAGGUGGUUGUGUGGCCUGCUACACGCCUCAUGGCGCAAGCUCUCCGCUCGCAAGCAGAGCAUAUGGAAGUCCGAAACAAUACAAUGCUCGCUCAUCAUAUGCAACACUAG